AUCGUUUGCCAUCUCCAAAUUAGUAUAAAUACACUAGACUCAAUUUACAAUUAUAUUAUUCCAUAAGAAAAAAUUACCAUAUAUACAAAUUAAGUAAAUUGAAUUAAGCUGCCAUGAAAGGUGUUGCAGUAGUACUAGUUCUAGUUGUGCUAGCCGUGGCUCAGCUAGCUAUGGCUGCACGGCUAGAACAACAGGGCGGACUCGCUUGUGGUCAUGUAGAUGACGUUUUGGGUCCCUGUUACUCGUUACUUGAAGGUCUUCGACGUGGCAGGCUUGAUUCAGCAUGCUGCACUGGGUUCAGAACCAUGAUUAUUAUAGCUCAGUCCACUGAGGAUAGGAGGUCUGCUUGCAACUGUGCUAAGGCUGCAGUGAACCGACGAAACUCCUCGAUUAAUGAAGAUCAAUCCAGGGCUCUUGCUAGCAAGUGUGGUGUUUCCUUUCCCUUCUAUAUCUCCAGGACCAUCAACUGUGACACAGUAAGUUAAAAUAGGCUGCAUGGUUCCGGGAAUAAUGCCAGUGGAGAUUCGAAUGCUGUCAUAAGUUUACUUUGUUAUGUAUUAAAUAAAAUAAGGCUUGUUAUAAACCCUUGAACGUUGUAUAUAUACUCAAUAACUAUGUGAGUAUUAACUUUACUGUUUUAUAUAUUUUGUGCUUGUAUAAUUUUACAAUAACUACGUGUUAAUGUAUUAAUCCAA